AGAAGAUAGGAGAGCUAUCUAUCUAUCCAUGUGAAAGAAGUGAGCAAAGAAACCGGAGGAUAGAAAACGUAGCAUGCAGCACACAACCCGGGGCGAUCUAUAUGCUUACGCCUAUAAAUUCUUCUAAGUACUUCCUUCUUUCCUUCAUCUUUCACUUGUAAUAAUAUUAUUUUUUGUUUCUCUCUCUCUUUCUCCAUCAUUUCCUGUCAAUCUUUCCUCCUUCUUCACUUAAAUUACUCAUCUUCAACACUCUCUACAACUGCUUUCUCAUCUCCAAACCAUUAAGUUAAAACUCUUCACAUAUAUAUUAGUUUCUCUCUAUUUCCCAAGUCGAUUCACAAGCUUAAAGAUACACUUCUUCUCUAGCUAGCUGGCUUAAUUUCUAAGGCUUAGUGUCCGAACUUAUCUUCUAAAAGAUAUUAACUAGCAAAUUAUAGAAGUAGCUAGAAAAAGAAGAGAAUUGAUGGUGUCACAAGGAGGGAGGUGUGGAAUAAGCAACUCUGAGGGGGGAGUAGGACAUCAUGUGGUGUUAAAGAAAGGGCCAUGGACGGCAGCUGAGGAUGCCGUGUUGUUGGAGUAUGUGAAGAGGCAAGGAGAGGGCAACUGGAAUGCCGUGCAGAAGAAUUCAGGGUUGCAGAGAUGUGGAAAGAGUUGUCGUCUCAGAUGGGCUAACCAUCUGAGGCCUUUUCUCAAGAAAGGUCCCUUUACUCCUGAUGAAGAGAAAACUAUCAUUGAUCUUCAUUCAAAGAUCGGUAAUAAAUGGGCUCGCAUGGCUGCUCAGCUUCCUGGCAGAACAGAUAACGAGAUUAAAAAUUACUGGAACACAAGGCUUAAGAGGCGUCAGCGAGCUGGUUUACCAGUUUAUCCUAUGGACUUGCUCCAACAACAAUACAACCAGCAACACCAGCAGCCUCCAAAUAUCUCGGUUUCUCCAUCCUCCUCUUUUGCCAGUAUUAUAUCUGCCGCGGCUGCUGCAUCGCCUUCAGCUUCUCACCCAACUUUUCAUCGUCGUCUGAACCAAAAUUCCAUAAAUCUUAUGAAAAAUUGCACACCACUUGAUCUUCUGAAUCAUCCUACGUACUGCAAUAACAUGACCGGUACCAAGUCAAUUCCAUUCCUUUCCCGUGGUCUAAUUAACAAUCAUCCUUUCUCGUUCCAAAAUUCUGUGCUACUUAAUCAAUCAUUUUCGGGAAAAUCUCUGUUAUUUGAUGCUAAUCUUGGUCAUAACAGUAGUCCCAUUCCAUUACCUGUUACUGCUACUAAUACCACCAACUCGUUUGAUCUGAUGAGAUUAUCUGGUAUGGGCACCGAUAACAAUGAGCUGUCUUCAAUCCAAAAUACAAUACAAACUUCUAACAAUUCGGGGUACAUGGAAAGCGAUGAUGUGAUGGGUGGAGCAUCCAGUGGUGGUGAUGAACAAUGUGAUAAGAUUGCAAGAGGCAACAGUGGCUUACUAGGUGACUUACUCCAGGAGUCUCAAGCAAUUAAGCGUUGCGAGGAUAGUGAGGAUAAAGACAUAAAUGGAGAAGAAGAUGGACUAUCAAAAGAUGCUUUCCAAGAUUUCAAGAAUUGCAAUAUUGACCUCAUGAGCAACGUCCCUAAACAUAUAUCACACAGUGGACUUUCCAUUUCAGAUCGUUCUAAUAUUGGGAUGAACCAUGAAAAGGCAGAGGUAGCAGAGGAAAUGAAUAUCAUGGAUGAUGAUCUUAUGCGUUUACUGGACUGCCCUUCACCGGUGUGCAUCCCAGAUUGGUACGACGUUGGUAGCAGUACUAAUACAAGUAACUAUUCAAGCAGGGAACCAUCAAAUGUUACUCCUACUUAUUUUAGCAAUGUAAAGAAAGAUGAAGAUGAUGAUUGGGACGAGAACUUUUGCUGCUGGAAUAACAUGCCUCGUGUUCUUAAUUCAUAGCUAAGAGCAAUGCCUUUGAUCUAGUUUGGACUUCAUUAUUGAAUUUAUUGCUACUUCUUUUAGUACUAUUGCAUGCUUAGCAGCAUUUCUAAUCAGUGUGUUGUCACAGUAUUAGUAAUUUAAGCUUUUAUCAGAAUGUUUGAAUGGACGAGUUAUUAUUGAUUUGGCUGUAA